AUGUGUAUUUUCUCAUGUGGACUUUUGAUUACAGUAAUCCAGUUAAUCUAUGCACGUGUAAAAGUAUACGCACUACUUCACUCGAAUACUUUUUAUUAUUGCUACCUCAGAAAUUCACUUGAUCUACAAACUAUAAAAUCCAAGAAUCAUCAUGAUUUAUGCACCGACAUACUUCAGUGUAACGGAUAUGCAAUGUAUCGACUCAGUGAACAAAACUAUAAAGUAAGACAACGUGUUUACUCCCUUCCGACUGUUGCAAACAAAUGUAACAUUUCAUUAUUUCUCAGUGUAAAACUAUGGCAUAAAUAUCCAGUUUAUAUCAAAAAUGUAAUGCUUUUAAUGUGUGGAUUAUAUUUCUAUGUAUUUAUCAGAAGUCUUCACUGUUAUUUUAAGUUUACAUCAGAUAGAAGUGAUCACUUGUCAAAGAACAGUCAUUAUAGUGUGGACAGGUCUCAGCGGUCAUCUCUCCUAGGACACAAUAGAAGGCAACAAUCCAAAGACAUUCCACAGAGAUGUUUUUUACCUCUUGUUAAGCUAUCAGCAUUGUAUGCAGCAUUUAUUAACUGUGCUCAUAAGAAAAUUAACUGUUUCAGCAGUGAAUUCAACUGCUCACAGAGCACAACCACCGCGUUAUCACCAGCAGCAUACUCAGCAUACUCAUGCAGCAGUCACCGAAUACUUCUUAUGAAAGUUGUUUAUUCUAUUCUAAAUAAAUUUCACUGCAUAACAUCACUGCGUCCGUAUGAAACACUGAAGUCGAUCUUAGUACACACGAAACAUUGUAUUGUAACCUCUGAAGUAUUAAACAGCACACUAAUCAAUGGAAUUCGCAAAUUUUUUCGAUUAUACAAUUAUUGGAAAUGUUUGUACAAGAAGUAUUCAAGAUUUCGAACAAAACGAAGAAGGCGAAGGAGGCGAAGAAAAAGAAGCAAAUGUGAUGAUCAAGUUUACCUGACCAAUUCCACUAACUGUAAUCAUCAGUGCUUCUCAAUUCUUUCACAGUUCUACUUAUUAUUUAUGAUAAUCAAUUCGGUUUUCUGUAUAUCUAAAUAUUCAAAACAGAACAAUCUUCCAUUGUUAGUCAAAGAUUUUGAUGAUUUGUCACUACGGUUUAACAAUUCAUCGAAUGAUAUUAUUCACAACACAUAUAAUUAUCAAGCACGUACUAUAUAUCACUUUAAACCUCCAGACGAGAAACGACCGUGUCGAUAUCGUUUUCGUGAUGACGCGGAGACUAGCGCGCUAUUGGCUGACUAUGUUAUUGUAGGUCAACCGGUUCAAACUUAUCGUAGAAGAUUUGGUCCAUUAUAUAAUGUUAGCCUGAUGGUAACUCAUAUUCUUAAAUCUGUACAGCACAGUAUUUUCCCAGUUCGUGAAAAUCAUUUAUUACGUGUUGGACAGUUUAGUAUUUUUCCUGAUCCUGGCCGGUGUUGGAUUAAUGUACACAGAAAUAAAAAGUAUAUAUUUUUCUUACGUCAACCGGAUUGGUCAGGAUUUUGUAAAAUAACCCAAUUACCACUUGAGUAUACCAAACAAGCCUAUCGAGCUGUAAAAGAAAUCAUGAGACUUGGAGCUGACCCACUUUACAUGGGUGCAUUACACCAUAAAGAUGUAUUGCACGUCAAUGAAGGGAAUGAUUUAUUACUAACGUGCAGUGUACUUGGUCGACCUACGCCGAUUAUCUCUUGGUUCGUUAAUCAAACAGAAAUAAAAAAUCCAUGGAAAAUUAAAACAGGCCGCGGGAUUAUUCAAAAGUCGCGGUGUCUAUCAAAACUUCAACUGAGUAAUGUACAUACAAGUGACAGUGCUAAUUACACUUGUGUAGCGGAAAAUUUAAAUGGAGAUAUACACAAAUCAGUACAAGUGAUUGUGAGACCAACAACUACCCUACCACCGCCAACAACGACAACAACCAAUUUGUUCGUCACACCAGAGGUGACCACCGUCGUCCCAGUACACCCUUGUAUUGGUUAUUGUCAUCAAGGACAAUGUUACAUGAUAGAUGGGAAACCGUAUUGCAGUUGCAUUUCCCAAUAUCGUGGAGCCAGAUGCGACCUUUUUACUCCAGGAGAAGAAGACACACCCUUAGAACAGUUAACCCUUAAUGAACCAAAGUCUGAUCCAUGUGAAUCUGGCUGUGAAUCAAAUUUUGCUCGUGUUCUGUUAUUUUCAGCAAUCGGUGUUCUGCUUUUAUUGCUUUUGUUUUUCUUUAUAUGUUCAAUAUUUCAAAUAUGCUAUAAAAAACGACAAUCAUCAAAUAAAACAUGUCCACCUGUGGAAAAAUCAUCUGUCUGUGAACAAGAUGUUUCGGAGAACAAUGUUUCCAAGUCUAAUCAUCACGCAACUAAUUUACCAUUACCUAAAGUGAACAAUACUCAAUCGUCCAAAGUAUUCCUUAAUCCACUGUUUGACACAGAUUUAACUAGAGAACUGUCGACAAAAUCAAUGACAAUGGCACAAACGAAUGGACAAAAUCACUGCAAUACAGACUUAAAAUUCAAUUAUAACAAUGACUAUCCACUUACCCAUGACCAAUCCUUAAGUCCUUUUUUUUCACCGAAUUCAUCAUUUUACAACAUAACUAGCGAUUAUUAUCCUAAAAAUGAUGAAAAUCCAGUGCUGCAUAAAAACUUAUCAGUACCGUCAAUAGUUGAAUUGCUCACUAAUAUUCCUGCACUCCAAAAUCAAACAUUAUAUGAUUCCUUCAUCGCUCACUCAGGAAAACUGCCUCAAAAAGUAACAUUAACACAAAUACCCUACGAACCAGUAAAGCAUCAACAACAACAAGAAGAAGAAGACACAGAAUUACAGAAUCCUAAUCAAUUGACAACAGUCAAGCAUUCUAUUUUUCCUGACAAAUCAACAAGUAGAUUAAAUAGUCGUCAGACUGCCUGUUCACUUAGUCAUACAACUAGUGCACAUAGCUCACAUCCUUUAAAAUCAUCAAAGCCACAUAUACCACCUGAUUUUGGAUAUUAUCAACAGAAUUAUGUCUCCUAUUCAAAUAUCGAUUCAAUUUACCUGAAUACAGCAACAACAGUAAGACCAGGGAAUGAUGAAUACAUAGUUAACUGGAACAACACUGAUAGUACUAUUAAUGUCAACUGCUUAGAUCAUUGUCAUUAUUCGGCACUUAUGAAUACUACACCACAUAAACUAGGGAAUUUAUUACACAACACUACAGUAUGCAAUAAUCCCAUAAGUUAUUAUUCCGCGCAAACAUUACCGUUAACCGCUUUAACAAGAAGUCAAUGUGUGCAAAGUCGACACGAGCAAAACUAUUCUCCUGUACAGUUGCAGUUGGAUUCAAAUCCUUAUAUUUCUGAUAAAUCUUGUCAAAUUAAUCCAGAAAUUAUAACAUAA